UUUCAACGGUAAAGGACGUUUAUUGGAUUAAGGCAAAUAUGAAUAUAUUACUGGGCAAUUGUGUGGGCAGUUGUGAUCAAUUGGCCGGUCCGCCACCUGAUUUUAUAUUAUCGAUGCCGCCGCCGCCGCUGCCAUCGUUUUUGAUAUCCAAACCAAAGAGCAUUGAUAUAUUACUGCCAGCAAACGAAUCGCAGCCAUGCUUUGCGGCAUUUAUGUGCGGUCAAAAUCAACAUAACGAGAGCGGCAAUGAGUUAAUGGAGCUGGUGCGCAGCGAUACGAAGAGUAUGGAAAAUGUUUGGUUUUUCGUCUCGUCGUGCAUUGGCAUUUUUGUGCUGGGCUGUUUUCUGGCAUUGAUUGUGAUUCGAUGCAAAGACACCUUUUUCUCGUACCACGAUGCGAAUAUCAAGCAAACGGCAAUCAAUGCGUUGGGCGAAGCAACCAAAUCAAACGCAUUCACAUCGGGCGGCAUACUCUAUCCGUGCGCUACGGCCAACAGUCGAGAUCUGUUGCAGAGCCAGUUGGUGAAUGACAGUCGCUUGUUGUGGGCCACCUUAACACCACAUGGCACCAGGCAUUUUAUUAUUGAGAACUCACAGGAUGGUCACUAUGAGUCGGUUGAUUAUCGCGGCAAGGCGCACAACCAGGUGUUCCGCGGCUAUGCCAAGCAAUCCCAAUCCUUUGUCAAGUCCUUCGAUAAUAAUGGCUUUGUUGAUUACGAUUAUGAGGAUCCCACACCAUUGAUGGACUCGUACCAUGAUGAUAUGGACUCGGGCUAUCAGGAGCCACAUGAAGUAACUGGCUCGCUGCGUCGCUCCCCCAUGCGAGCACUCGCCUCGUCGCCAACCACAAAUGACAUCUCGAACAUAGCAUCGGCUAGUUACAAUGCCAGCCUGGGUCCCAGCCAAGCAGCACCUAAUACGCUGUCCAUCAGCCGCAAGACAACGCUGUCGCGUCGCAUUAGCGAUGCCUCCUCCCAUAAUGGAACCACUAUGUAAUUUGUAGCAUUGGCCAUAAUGUUAAUCAAAACGCAAUCAAGUUUUUUUGUAAAUUAAGCAUGGAUUAAUUGCGCAAACGGAGAAAGCUGAUUCGAUGGAAUGCCUGUCGUCCAACAACAAAACUAAAACUAAAACUAAAACUAAACUAAACACAACUAUUCAUACAGUAUUCAUAUACAGAUAUGUAUGUCAUCCUAGCUUAAGAACUCAUCUUGUUGUAUUACUGCUAAAUACAAUUAUUGCGCUAACUAAACAAUAUAGCCAUAUGCUAACUAAUCCAAAUCAAAUUCAGCUGCUAAACCAAAUAGAUAUAAAAGGAA